GCCGUUUUGGCUCGAGAAGCAAUUUUGCUGGAGGUGCCGCUUCAACAAGUGUCUUGAUUGCCAGUCGCAUAGCUUAUACAUCAUGGCAACACUCAGUGCGACCCAGAGGGUUGUGGAGGCAUAUCUCAUCAGUGUCGCACCAAGCACGCCGGCAUUUGGCUUCUGGACCCUGGUGCCGUGGAGCUCGCAGGAGAAGCCAGUCAACGUGUUCGCAUCUCCCAUCGCAAGAUGGAGAGUCGGAGUUGGAGAGUCGGAGUUGGAACGCAUCGCCCAGAUAGUGGAGCAGCACGAGGUCAUGUUGAUCGUAUCCGUAUACAGGACGAGGAAAGAGAAGAGGAACGUGACAGGCCUUCUGAACUAUCUCAGGGCGGCGCAUCCCGACGCGGUCGUCUUCCUGGUGCAGCUUCCAGAUCGGUUGGAUCCCGAGCUGACCAAGGCCGACCUUAGUGACUUAAUGAUGCGGCAUGACAGGCUCUACAGCUUUGGGGCGGAUGGCGUGCUGAUGGAGCUGGCAGGUGACCCGGGGGGGCUGCAACAUAGGAUAAGUUUGGAGCUCCAAGAGAACGCCGCCAUCCAGCUGCGCGUGCGGGAACAUAUCAGCACUUUGACCCAGGGAGUACCCUCUGCCAUGCAGCUCAACGACAUGGAGGACGAGUUCUGCAAUUUGCUUUGGAAUGACAUCCCAGAUCUGCUGAUGCCCGAUUUCGCGCCUCUGGACGAGCGUCUUCUGGAAUGUGGGAGUCGGGUUGGGGAUUUCCAGCUCGUCCGCCCGUAUUCGGAUCACCAACACGUGUCGUUGGCAGUGAACGGGCAGCAUGAAAACGUAGUGAUCAAAGUGUACGACAAGCGCAGCGUCACCCAUGCCAAGCAGGUGGAGAGCAUAUACCAGGAAUUCUGUUUAUUGAUGCACACGCUCGACCACCCACACGUCAUCCGUUGCGUAGGCAUGUUGCAAAGCCAGUGUAGUGUGCAUUUGGUUCUCCAGUAUGGUGGAGACGUGUGCAUGGAGCAGGUGUUGUCGACCCAACCUGGGUACCGUUUGUCCAGGGACGACGCCUUGGAUUGCAGUACCCAGAUCGCCAGUGCUCUGUCCUACUGCCACGCCCAGGACGUCGUCCAUGGGCAAGUGUCUUUGAGCCACGUGGCUGUAGAGACAGCACGGAAUGGGCACAUCUGCCGCCUUGUUGAUUUCAGCAUGGCAGCCCACGUUCCAAACUCCAGCGCAAGGGAGACCCUGUGCGGAUCUCUGCCGUGCGUGGCUCCAGAGGUGGCGUUGAACGAGCCGUACUUGCCUAAGCCAGCUGAUUGUUGGAGUCUUGGAGUGCUUCUCCUGGAGACCGCUUGCGGGCAGGGUUCCCUCUCAAGUUGUCAGUCCAGUGGCGCAGUGGCGAGUCCCUCGCAUACUCCGCGCGGCAAGUACUCCAGUUUUUCUCCCAUGCUGGUUGCCACACCGAGGCGAUGACGAAGAUGGGUAAUAACUCACUCGACGGCAUAACACUGGCGUGCUUGGAGGCGUUGUUGAAGCCCGAGCCAGCCCGCAGGGCAAGUGCCUCCGACAUGAUGGGGAUGCUAUCAACUGGGCGCACCGAGCAGACCAGUUUUGAUUGAUUCGUUGUUGUUUACCUUUGCACUUUGGGCGCGCGUGCAGGAGUGCAUGUAGCUCACAGUUUGUGCGCAGGUUUCCUGCGUCAAGCUUCUACCUCAGACGCCGCUGUCGGUCCAGCGGCGCCGUGGCGAGUCCCUCGCAUACGCCGCGCGGCAAGUACUCCAGCUUUUCUUCCGUACUGGUUGCCACAUCGAGUCAAUGACGAAGAUGGGUAAUAUCUCACUCGUCGGCGUAACACUGGCGUGCUUAUAGUGUUGAUUGAUUCGUUGUUGUUUACCUUUGCACUUUGGGCGCGCGUGCAGGAGUGCAUGUAGCUCACAUUAUGUGCGCAGGCUUCCUGCGUCAAGUUUUCAACCUCAGACGCCGGUGUCGGUCCAUCGGCGCCGUGGCGAGUCCCUCGCAUACUCCGCGCGGCAAUAAAUCCAGCUUUUCUCUUAUGCUGGUUGCCACAUCGAGGCGAUGAUGAUGACGCGCAAUAACUCUCUCGACGGCGUAACACUGGCGUGCUUGGAGGCGUUGUUGAAGCCCGAGCCGGCCCGCAGAGCAAUUGCCUCCGACAUGAUAGGGAUGUGAUCUUUUGGGCGCAGCGAGCAGGCCAGUGUUGAUUGAUUCGUUGUUGUUUACCUUUGCACUUUGGGCGCGCGUGCAGGAGUGCAUGUAGCUCACAUUAUGUGCGCAGGCUUCCUGCGUCAAGCUUCAACCUCAGACGCCGCUGUCGGUCCAUCGGCGCCGUGGCGAGUCCCUCGCACACUCCGCGCGGCAAGUACUCCAGCUUUUCUCUUAUGCUGGUUGCCACAUCGAGGCGAUGAUGAUGACGCGCAAUAACUCUCUCGACGGCGUAACACUGGCGUGCUUCGAGGCGUUGUUGAAGCCCGAGCCGGCCCGCAGAGCAAUUACCUCUGACAUGAUAGGGAUGUGAUCUACUGGGCGCAGCGAGCAGGCCAGUGUUGAUUGAUUCGUUGUUGGUUACCUUCGCACUUUGAGCGCGCGCGCGGCUCACAUUUUGUUCGCAGGCUUCCUGCGUCAAGCUUCUGCCGAUUACCUUCCAAAGUGGCAGGCUGUUUGCGAUUUGUUCAACAAGUUUCAAUUUCCAAGCGGGGUCAGUACUCACGAGGCCUGAUACUAACAGCUAAAUUCUAGAUGAAUUUGAGUAUGAACGUGAGUACGAGUACGAGUACGAGUUUGAGUAUGAGUGAGGGGGCCGUGAUGCUAAAUAGCGUUUGCGGGCGGCUGUGGGUGUUUUGCCCUCUCGUCUUGUAGUUCCUCUUCUGACGCUGCUCAGUUGUGUUUGCGUUUUCCCGAUGAAGGCAAGGAGGCCGACGGACAGUUGUAGAGCCCCCUUCCCAGCAGUUGGAUGCAGCUUGGAAGCUGGGAAGCUUGCCCCAGGGAUUGGGCAGUCAUCGCUGACGCUAUCUCGUCUAGUGAGUCAGAUAUCCGAGUGUUGGUAAUUUUGAUUGUUGAGCCGUCGGGAGAAAAAACUCUAUGCCAGCAUUGUUGCCGCUGUCUUUGCACAUGGGCUGGGCGCCCCAAAAUCUUGAUAUUCGCGCAUGUUUAUAUA